AACAACUACUUUUGUAGCUGUAUCACCUUUUAGGCAGCUGCUCCUCUUUCUACCCUGUCUUUCCAUCUCUUUCACUUAAUUUCUGUCUUUCCCUCUCCCCUGAAUUUAUUGCCAAAAUGUACCGGAACCCGUGGAUCUCGAAUUACCUGACUCAUGUCAAGUUUUGCAGCCAAGGGCUUGGGAGUGAGACUCCCAUUAAACUAAGCAACCCCAGAUUGCUACAGAAGAGAGCUUUGAGCUUCCAGAAAGAAUUCACCUACGACGAAAAAGACGACCCAGCUAAAAGCAAAGAUAUAGAUGUUAGUCUCUUGGCCAAUCUCCCAAAGUUGACUUUUACCCACUCAUUCACUUGUCUCCCACCGGGUUUCCAUUGGAACAGUGCAAGGGCGAAACUGAGCACUGAUUGGUUCCUCCAGACUGAUGCUGAGGGCGACACCCAUUCCCUCAUCAACUGGCCCUCGAGAAUCAGAGUUAGGGAGAGACUUGCCAGGGAGGAGGGCCGCCAGAGGAGCCCAGAGCUGGGAAAUGUUACAGAAGCCCCGGUGUACCGCAGACAAUUUCAACACCAGACCCAAACCUCUACACGCUACAAUACGGACCCACCAGGCCCCCAGCAGAUUUACUCCCAUCCCCACCAUCACCCCCAGGCUCAGCUCACCCGACCUGGGCAACCUGGAGGACAAGAACUUGUCGGUAACCCCAGUUACCUGUCCAUGGCUUCUGGUCACUCAUCCAGAGCUGUGCAGGAACAACAGCCCCAGGAAGAAGAGACUGAGGAGUCGGCGGACAAGAAGACACGGGGCCUUCUGAAGAGCAGGAAAGCAGUGCUGCCCUCUGAGAUCCGCCGUAGGGAGAGGAGCACUGAUGACCCCCGGAGAGGAAGGGGGGAAGAGGAGCAAGAGAUUUCCAGGGCACUGGGUCUUAGCCAGGCAAGGGAGGCUGAGGCAGAGGAUCCUGCAAGAGGAGGACACAGAACCAGAGCCAGGUGGGAUGAAACGGAGCACACUUCACAUCUGCAAGCAUCAGAGAGCAGGCUCAGAGAGCGGGAAAAUGGCAUUUAUAUCCACAAGGGGGUGGCUGCCACCCAUAUCCUGCCCAGAGCAGCACAUGCAGGCCCAGAAAGCUCCCCCUCCAGCACAGCCAUUAGCCACUCUGUGUCGGAUGCUGGGGAACUGCGAGGGCUCAGUCAGAGGAACCUGCAGCACCCCACCCACGACCCCCGAGAGAUCAGGGAGGGGGAAGGUUUCGGUGACCGAGAGAGUCACCAGGACAGCCGGGUAUCUGUGGCCCAGCUCAGACAUUCCUACAUGGAGAGCACCACCACCCCUCCAACCAGCCGCAGGAAUGAGCUUGAUGUUGAAGGGGACGGGGCACCCGCAGGCUACGGGGCCCUAUGGAGAGGGGAGAGGGACAGGGGGCGCAGGCCCCGGCAGUAUAUCUAUCCCGGGGAGAGUAGAAAGACCUCAGAGAGGUUUAGGACGCAGCCCAUCACUUCUGCUGAGCGCCAGGAGACUGAUAGGUCUUGUGUGAGUUCAGAUCGUGCUUCCACUGAAGGUGAUGAAGAGAAGCUAGAUGAACGGGCCAAGCUGAGCGUAGCAGCCAAGCGCUCUCUCUUCAGGGAACUUGAAAAGAGCAUUGAUGGCGGAGCUCCUAAACCACGAUCCAGAAACACAGCGGUGGACAGGAGACUAAGACGGACACAAGACCGAUCCAGAACUCAGCCAGUCACCACUGAGGAAGUAGUCAUCGCCGCCACCAUCCCCACUCACGUGCCACACACGGUGACAGUUUACACUGCUGUAGCACGCGCCUCUAGCCCCACUCUAGUUUGCAGCACUGUCCCUCCAUACAGCCUGCGGGCAUCCACGCAGCAGAGUGCCACCGCCCGGGAUAAGGCGCGGGAGGCUCGGCAGGCGCAGGACAUCCAGGAGGUCCAGGCCUCUAAGCCAGUGUCCACAGUGGAGGGGAAAGGUCAGAGCCAGGAUCAGGGUCAAGACGAGCCUGACCUCAGCACCCUCAGCCUGGCGGAAAAGAUGGCGCUGUUCAACAGACUGGCUCAGCCUCCCAUCAGGGUCACCCGCACCAGGGGGGACACACGCCAGCGCAGGGCCAAUGCUCGCUACCAGACACAGCCCAUCACACUUGGAGAUAUGGAGCAGGAGCCUUCAGACAUAGACUUCAUGGAUGAACAGGAGCUAUGUGACCGCCCCGUAGAGCACCUACACCUUCAAAACGGUGCAGGCUCUCGGUUCAGACACAUCCCCAACGAGUCCUCCCCCACUGCUCUGAGAGAAGACACUGUGUCCACUGACCAUGCCGGAGACAUCCACAUAACCAGAGCAGCAGCCCGGGUCGAACCCCUGCCUCCCAAAUCUGACCGGUCUCUGCCCACUCACCACCCAGACGGCCCCUCCCGGAGGUCCCAGGACGCUGCGGACCACCAGAGGUACCAAAUAUUCCCCCACGGAGAAGACUGCGCUGAUCUGGGUGGAGGGAAGCGGAAACUGCCCUCUCCUGAGGGAGCGGUCAGGCAGGCCGCUCUGCCCCAGCCCCAGACUGGAAGAGAGAGGAGGGAGGAGGAGGAGGUGGUUGAGGAAGAGGAGGAGCAGUGGCUGACCGGAGGGUGGGGAGCCGUGCAGAGCCACAGCCACAGGCUCCAGGAGAGUCAGGAGGAGUAUCUAAGGGAGGAAGGACACCACCCAGAGAAGAGCAGGGCCUUCAGUGGAGAGCCGCCGGAGUCCACAUCCAGAGCAGUAUCUGGUUCGCCCAGGAAUCUGUGUCAGCCACCAGCGGCCGACACACACGCGGACGACCUGUAUCAGCCCGAGGAGGGAGAUGAGCUGAGCAACAUGAUGAUGACCAGACAAAUGUCCAUCAAAGACAGAGUGGCCUUAUUGAAGAAGAGCGGCGAGGACGACUGGAGGAACAGGAUCAAUAGGAAGCAGGAUGGGGUGGACGUGGGCGAACAGCACGCUCAGCUCUUGGAGCUGGAGCAGAGCUUCAAGAAGAAGGACGAUGAAGCACUUAUGAUGAUCGACGAGUUUGCUGUGUCCGAACAGCUCUGGGAGCCGCUCUUUGCAUCUACUUUCUCUCCUCCUCCUGAGCCUCCUUUCCAUACUCCUUCCCCUGACGAGUCAGCCAGCCAGACCACCGUAUCUCCCAGACCCAUGCAGGUGGAUGAGAGACACCCCUGGAGACGGAAGAGAAUAGCUGAGGCUGAAAUGGAGUGCGAGGGGGUUGAUGCUCACAUGUCCAUCCAGGAGAGGAAACUGCUCAUAGUAGCCCAAGAGGAGGCCUGGAAGACCAAAGGCUAUGGAGCCGCCAACGACUCCACCCAGUUCACUGUGGCUGCACGCAUGGUGAAGAAAGGGUUGGCCUCCCCUUCAGCCAUCCAGUCUCCAGUAACUUCCAAACCCAAGAACAGCAGCAGCCUCUCCAUCUCCAAACCACAGGAAGACAUGGAGGAGAUGUCUGAUAUCGAAGCUCCUCUCAUUCUGCCUCUGUUCCCCCCAGGUGACUGGCGUCUGUACUGUGUGCGGGGAGAGGCGGAGGUGGAGGGCCACCUGCUGGAGGUGGCCUGUCACUGCAGCAGCCUGCGCUCAAGGGUCUCGAUGGUGCUGCUGAGCGUCAGCCAGGCUCUCAUCUACCUGUGGCAUGGCUGCAAGUCUCAGACACACACGCGGGAGGUGGCACGCACCGCCGCAAACAAAAUCAAAGAACACUGUCCUCUGGAAACAGGCAUCCACAGCAGCAACAAGGUGACCAUCCGGGAAUGUGACGAGGGAGCAGAGCCCACAGGAUUCUGGGAACCCCUCGGGAGGAGGGACAGAAAAGUCUAUGACUGCAUGCUGCAAGACCCGGGGAGGUUCAACUUCUCACCACGUCUGUACCAGCUGAGCAGCAGCUCAGGAGAGUUUGCAGCUGUGGAGUUUCUCUACCCUGCCAGAGAUCCCAAGGAGGUCAACUCUAUGCCCUUCCUGCAGGAGGACCUUUAUACAGCGUCCCAGCCAGCCCUGUUCCUGGUGGACAACCACCACGAGGUGUAUCUGUGGCAGGGCUGGUGGCCUCAGGACAGUGAAAGCACCGGCUCAGCACGAAUCCGCUGGGACUCGGACAGGAAGUGUGCCAUGGAGACUGUGCUGCAGUACUGCAGAGAAAAGAAUGAGAAGAAGCCUCCCAAAGCGUAUCUGAUCCAUGCUGGUCUGGAGCCACUCACCUUCACCAACAUGUUCCCCAGCUGGGAGCACAGAGAGGACAUCGCUGAGAUCACUGAGAGGGAGGCCGAGGUGUGUAACCAGAUUAUCCUAGUGGAGGACGUGUUGGCCAGGCUGUGUAAGACCACAUACCCUCUGGCAGAUGUGCUGGCCCGGCCUCUGCCUGAGGGCGUUGACCCUCUUCGCCUCGAGGUCUACCUGUCUGAUGACGACUUUGAGGGUGUAAGGGCUCAUGGGAAGACUGCCCUGGACAUGAGCAGACAGGAGUACGGGGCUUUGCCUGGCUGGAAGCAGGUCAAUGUGAAGAAAGCCAAAGGACUUUUCUAAACGCUUGAAACGGAACGCUGACCCCAAAGACACCAGGAUGUGGUUUUGUCUCCUCUUCUGUUCGCGUCUGGACACCACAGAGGCUCAGGAGCGGCCUCUCCUGGGUCCUCCCUGUAACGGAGGGUCGAGCACGGACGAAGGGAGAAGAGAAGGUAUGGAAGAGGUGAACAGUGAGCGGGAGGUGGACCAGCUUCUCGUGCUGCACAUUUCCUUCCAUUUCUGUGUAUUUUUGGUUGUGUAAGUAUGAGACAAAUGCAGGCGGAUGCUUUUCUGAGUGAAUGUGUUAAUAGCUCUUCUUUAAAGUCACUCUCUUGAAAACGAGAAGUUUCAAAUGGCGUCCAUUGGCAGGGAGUGCAGGUCCAAGAACUUUAUUGAAUGUACAUAUGUACCAUACGCAGAAAUAAGCCCAAUGCCCUUACAUUGUCAGCCAUGUAGCCAUCUGUUAGUGCGGGCCGACCAGCCUGUUCAGCACGCACCAGACUGCUAUUCUACUAUGUAUGUUUGCGCAUUACAAAUUUAUAUUUAUCAAAUCCAUAUAGGAUUUUUGUUUUUUUUAAAGCUGCAUGACUAUUCACUGAGCUAAAAAUGAUUGAAUAAAAUGGAUAACUAAUGUCGAGGAGGUUUGUGUCAUAUGUUGAUAAAUACUGGAUAUUACAGAAUUCUCUGUGGCUGUACAGUUCACCGUUUGCCAUUUACAAAUCAAAUGAUGCAGAUUUAUUAGUGUGUCUAGUGUCAUUAAUGUUCCAGAUUAAAGAAAGUAUACGGGCAAAAAAAGAUAGUGAUGAUGAAAUGUAUUUGAUUUUUAAAUUCUACAGUGUAUAGUGCCUUGCUUUUGUGUACAGUUUAUAUAAAGAUCCUAGUCUGCCUUUUGAAGACCUUUUUGUGAUAUAAAGAAAUAUUAGAGAAAUAAACUCUGAAAGUUGAAAAAGUC